UUGUGGCGAGCGAUGUAACCAAACGUGUUUACGGUUAAAUAUCCUUACAACGAUAAGAAUAAUUUGAAAAAAAAUACAUAUGGUGAAUACAGAUUCCCCGAUAAUCGGAGAAUAUUUAUGGAAAGAGACGCCUCGGCGUUAUUAAACCAUAUCGGUGAAAUAACAAAAGUUCUGAAAUGUAGACCAGUUGGUGGUGUAAAGCAUCGCGAACGUAAUUAUCGUACACAACUCAUCAAUCAUGACAUAAACUCGAGCCCGGUUUAUCGCAAUCCGCCAUGGCGACGUGUAAAUAGAUUUAACUACGUUAUACUCGGAUCGUGAGAUGAGUUGUUCGGUGGAACUGAGACAACAAAGACAACAAGGGAUGGCAGAGGAUCCUCAUAAGCUCGCAGCUAUAAUGAACAAGUCGCAAAGACUCGUUUUAGGUCUAUUGGUUUUACUCCUAGUCGAUAUCAUAUGGGUGUCCAGUUCCGAACUCACCAAAUACAUUUAUCAGGAGGCCGCAUUUAAAAAGCCAUUUUUCAGUACAUACAUCAAAACUUCAAUGUUCACGUUGUAUCUGCUUGGUCUCUGCUUUUGGCCUCCUUGGCGAGAUCAGUGUAAUAAACCAGCAACUUACAUGUUCAUAGAUCCGAAUAUGGAGGAUGACAAUUUUUACGCGGAAGCAAACACAAGUCUGAGUGAUCCAACAUUUGUACCAAUCAAAACCCCUGAACAUUGUGACCGUUCGUCGGGUACCGAAAGCGAUGACUCUUCAAUACGUUCCGUCAGGUUUAGUAAAUUGGCAGAGGUUCGUCACAUGUCCGAAUGUGAUGCUACAGAAGCACUUUUGGCAAGGCUUAGUUAUCAAGCUAGUGUCAGAGCUGGAGAACAUGCCAAGCGGCAAGCCAACAAGUUUUCAGUGCAGAAAGUAGCAAAAAUUGCUCUUAUGUUCUGCCUAUUGUGGUUUAUGGCCAAUUACACCUAUCAAAUUUCGUUGAUCGGAACUGAAGCAGGCAUCGUAACAGUAUUAUCAUCGACAUCCAGUUUAUUUACAUUAUUCCUUGCUGCAGUAUUUCCCAGCAACGGUAGUGAUAAAUUCACACUAUCAAAGUUCGUUGCAGUUUUAAUCAGCAUACUUGGACUGGUACUUGUGAGCUUGUCAGAUUUAACGAUUGAAGCCAACAGGAUACCGAUAGGUAUCAUUUUGGCACUGGUCAGUGCAUUUUUUUAUGCAGCGUACCUAGUUUUUUUAAGGAGAAAAGUUGACCAUGAAGACAAAAUGGAUAUUCCAAUGUUCUUUGGCUUUGUCGGACUGUUCAAUUUGACACUUCUGUGGCCUUUAUUUUUUAUACUCCACUAUGGAGAUUGGGAGGACUUUGAAUGGCCCAAUACUCACCAGUGGACCUUUUUAAUCAUCAACGGACUUAUUGGUACUGUUUUAAGCGAAGUUCUGUGGCUGUGGGGCUGUUUCCUAACGUCAUCUCUUAUUGCUACGCUGGCUGUCAGUUUGACAAUGCCAAUGUCAAUGCUAGCUGACGUUUUAGUGAAGAAGGUUGAAUACCCGUGUAUGUUUUACUUAGGCACAGUUCCCAUGUUGCUGGCAUUUGUUAUUGUGUCACUUCUAUCGUACUAUGAUAAUUGGGAUCCAGUCUUGGAAGGUGUCAAAAGACUUUAUACAUGGGUAUGCAGACGGAGCAGAUCCUCUGUUAGGAUACAAGACUUGGAAGCAGAACAAACAGAAUCUUUGAUCUGUAUAAACAAUGAAGAUGCAUUACAACUCGUGUCUUAGUUCUAAAGUUUCUUAUAAGCAGCCUGCGUCUAAAACCGAUUCACUAUUCAAUUCAUCAUUCCACUAUAGUCAUUUAUCUGCUUAGUUAUUAAUUGACAUGAAAAACCUGACAUUCUGUCACAUGUUACACUUUUAUAUAUGUAUAAAAUUGGGCAAAGUAAAGACAUCUGUCAAAAACUAAAAUUUCAUGCAAUCUGAUGCGAAAGUAGUGAUAACCACUCUACCAUGCUGCUUCUAUAUUCCGUAUUAAAUAGCUGCAGCUAUAUUAAGCAAUAGAAAUAAUAAUAAUGACAGCUCACUGUAAUAACUAUAGGUAUUUCGUUCGUCAAGCAUAGUUCUACAACACUCAGAGUAUGUUUCACAUUCGCGAUAAAAAAUGCAUGUGCUGAUAUCUAAUUGCUUCAUCUAAGUAAAAUUCAGAACACGUUGAAGAAUGUCGACUUCGAGAAUGAGCCAGGUUUGAAAUAUCAUUUUCAAAUUUUAUAACUGUCAAACCAAAGCUUAAUUGAAAUGGAUAAAUAUAAUUUAAUAAGCCCACUGCUGAUAAAUUUAAGCUGGCUAAUCCGGGUAGUAAGAAUUUGUUUAAAAUGCUUUUCCUGAACAAUUAAAUUAUAACAAUUCUCCUGCGGAUUUUGCCAUUUACUGAGUGAAGAGAAGUAAUGGAGACUAUUGAAGGCAUUACUGCCUCGUUAUCUUAUUUUUUAUGAAUGAAAUCUAGGACUAGAGAACGAUAGUAGCACUACAAUUUAUUGUUAUAGAUGGCAAAGUUAUUUUGAUGGCUAUUACAUGAAAUUGUCUGAUUGAACUGUAUAGAAACGGAAAGCUCAUCUCAUAAUUUUGCCAAGGCUUAAAAGAUAUAAUGCAAAAUGUUUACGUAUAAACUAUAUUUGUGAUAUCAUAUUCAUUGUAUAGACAGUUAAACUCUUAUAGGCUUUGGAUCAACUAUAUUUCCAUAAUUGUUUACUGUGAACUUUUAUGUAUUGUUGAUAUUUGCCAUUUUACAACCUCUAAUUUGUACAUAUUCAUACUAUAGCUGUUAAAAAUUUAGAUUUUAAUUUACGCUUAAUUUACGGUACAAACCUCACAGGUUUGUUAUACAUAAUUAUUACUGAUUAAUGGUCGGUUUGGGUAAAAUUUAAAUGGAAAUAUGUUCAAAGUUAAUCCUGUGCUGUUCACGAGUGCUUUCUAACUCUUGGAAACAUAUUUAUAGAAGUGCAGUAUGUGUAUCGCUUUUCAAAAAUACACAAAAACUUACCUAGUUUUGAAGUUUGGAUAGCUAAUAAACCUGUUCCUUUUGUUGCAACGGUUUCGUACAUUCUUCAGGUUUUGCUGUUUUCGAUUUGAUAAAUAGUUAGGAAUUAUGCGACGUGUUUUUAUUCAGUUUUUCGAGCUUACAAAAGCCAGCCAAAUAUAUAGAGUAGGUACUUUAAAUUUUCUAAGACACUAUCAGUGAGAUAUUACUAUAUAGUUUUAAAUCGGUCGAGGAACAAUAAACAUAAUUGGUUACACUUUAGGACCAACUUGAAAUAAAAUUGUUACAAAUAUAUAUAAUAUAUAUAUACAUGUGUUUGUAUGUAUGUAUGUAUAUGUAUAUUGAAACUUGCUAAGCGAUGAAAUUAUAUUCGGCAAAUUAUUGCAGAGUACUUAAACGCGAAACUAUUCUGAAAAUGUGUUCGAAUCAGUCGAAGAUUAUUUACCAAUUUUUCGAAAGUAUAAUAAAGCAAACUAUCUCGCAUAAUAAAAUCUAGUCAACAGGAUUGAUAAAUUUUAUAUUUUGUCACUUUGUAUUUCCAAUACCUGUAUUAUGAUUUAAAAGUCAGGCAAGAUCUCUUGCGCAAAAAUGUACAAUAACUACUAACUAUGAAUGUUAACUAUGCCUGUUCAUUAUAAAUACAUUACAAAAUACAAUUCAGUUAAUGCGCACAAAUGUGCAUAUUCAUCAAUCAAAUUGAUGAUUAGAUAUGUAUAUAUAUAUUUUAGAGACUUAUGAAUAGAUUACUGCACGCUCCUUAAAGUGCAACUGUGUAUCUAUAUGUAUGUAUGCAUAUAAAUUAUCAGGUAAUUUUAUACAUGGAGUCAAAAUAUCCCUAUCAACACACGUGUGUCAAAUUCGAAAUCAUCUCGGUUUACAGACUUUGAAUGAGCAAUAAUUGUCCAUCCUUUGUUUCACUCUGACAACACUCUUUCCCUGGAAGAUUGUUGUUUUUUGCAAUAUAAUUCGUUGAGAAAAGUGUUAUUAAAUUUUAUAGACUAGAUUGAUAGGUCUCAGAAUGCCAUAGGAAAACGGUGAUAAUACGCCAAGAUGUUUGUACUGCACACUGAAUUCAGUUUAAGGAAAAUGAACAUUCGUAUAUACAUAUACAAUAUACAGUUUCAUCACUAAUACGCAAACGGAUCAAUAUUAUUUAUUAUAAUUAAUUAUAGCUGACUGUUCCUGUAUGUAUUAUUAUAAUUGUAUAUCUAAUGUAAAUAUUAAGAAACCUUAAUUACCGAAUGGAAUUCUAUACAUGUAUCAUUAUACAUACGGAGGAAUUAAAAGAAAAUAUUGGCAGUA